AUGUCAACGUUCGUUCUUGUGCUUCGCGUACUCACCACGGCCACUGCCAUUCUGGUGAGUUUUGCCCCGCUUCCCGAUUUCUGGCGGAUCCACAAGAACCGCUGCACCGGCGAGGUCUCGAUCCUUCCAGUCGUUUUGCUCUUCGCAAACUGCUACAUGUGGGUCCUGUACGCUUACCUGGUGGACAACAUUUUCCCGCUCUUUGCCGUGACGCUCCUUGGUAUCACUACAUCGAUCGUCUUCAUCUGCAUCUACUACCGCUGGACUAAGAACCGCCUGUACGUCGUCAAGGUCUGCAGUAUCGCUUUAGUGUUGCUGGCUAUUGGAACGCUUUACUACAUCCUCGCAACGAAUGGGGUCACGAACCAGUCGGAGGCCGCCGUCGAAAAGACCCUUGGCUUCAUCGCCGUCGCGUUCAACCUGGUGCUGUAUGCGUCGCCAUUGGAAACGAUGAAAACGGUCGUGCAGACUAAGAACGCGUCGUCUGUACCCAUUUCCAUCAGCUCCACAUUCCUCGUGAAUGCUGUGCUGUGGGUUAUCUUCGCUGUGGCCGUGAGUGACAUGUUCGUAUUGGUGCCAAACGCCAUCGGGACCUUCCUGUGCGCCAUCCAAGUCAUGCUCUACAUCAUCUAUCGUCCAGAACGCACUGACGCAUUGAAACAUGGCGAGAGCUUCGCUGAUGCUAUUAAAGAUAUCCAGGCCGACAACGCGAACGAACAGGAUGGCAUCGCCAUCCACGUGGACAAAAGUCUCGAGUACGAGGGAUUAAGCUCACCCAUACCGACAGCCGUGCUUCCGAAGCGAAUAGCUUAG